AUGGACGGUGAGCUAAAAGCCUCCACGAAUCCCGGCGUUCCCGGUUGCCUUUCCCGGUUUCAACACACGCCCACGCACCACCGCCAGAGAAAGCCAAUCAACCAGCAGUGGGUCACCCACUCAGACCAGAUCGACUGCCUCGUGGCUGAUUGGCCCUCGGGCUCAUCGCCUCCUCCGGAGCUUCACUUCGAGUUGGGCUCGGCCAGGCUUAUUGAAUAG